UCACUCAUCACAUUUUCAGGCUCUCACAAGUAUUUCUUCUGUUUUUUCUUCUUUCUUGUGAAACCCCUUGUCUUGUACACACCCCACACUCUAAAAAUGCUCCAAGAUUCUAUCUUUUUUAUUUCUUGCUCUCCUCAUCAUUCCUAAUGUACACAAAAUACAAUUAUGAAAUAAUGUAGGGGUUUUUGUUGGUGGGUGUUUGUUUUUAGUAUCUGGGCUGUGCUUAUUUUUGGUGUUUGUGAGAAUUUGGUGUAUAGGGUUUGUAUAGAGUGUGAAGAUGAGUGAAGCAGGAGGGUCUGUCUUGGCCAUUACUGAGAAAAAGGCUCAGAGAGCAAGUGGUGGUGGGUGUGGUGGUAUUUUCUUCCAGCUGUUUGAUUGGAACAGAAGGUUUGCUAAGAAGAAAUUGUUUUCAAACAAAUUGCUUCCACUAGGUUCCAAGAAGUUUGGAACUGAUGAUAAGUUGCCUAAGCUUAGACUGAUGUGUGAUGAAAAAGGUGAAGCCUUUUCAAAUGGGAAGAAAAAUGGGGCACGAAAUGUUGAUUCUGGGCAAAAACAAGGAAUGAAAACUCCGACAUUGGUGGCUAGGCUUAUGGGUUUGGAUUCUUUGCCUGCUGUACAGAGGAAUAAGUCGAAGAAAGGUUAUGAACUUGGGGUUGAUAGGGGGGAAGAAAUAGCUACUGAUAGUUGUGCACUUGCCAGACAGCAGAUAGAAGUGGAGAAGGCGGGUUCUAAGCAUGAAUCGAGGCCUCAGAAGCUACAGAAGACGGGGGGUUCUGAAAGACGAUCAGUAAGCAGGUUUGGAGCUGAGGGGUUGCAGUUUAAGAACGUCUUGUCAAGAUCAGGUAAGCAUCAUCAUCCUAAAUUUGUCUCACCAGUGAAAAGUCCCAAAAGUCUUUCAAAGAAAAGUGCAUCUCGGUUGAUUGGUGCUGCUACUAGAAUUUUAGAACCUGGGUUGCAAGCUAGGAAUAGAGCAAUAUGUGGUUUACCUUCUUCGAGUCAACAAAGGCAUCAUAAUCCAACAGAUGCCCACCUGGUCGAGGCAGAAACAGCUGUGUCCACUGAUCAAGCCGAAUGUUCAACAUAUUAUGAAAGUGAGGUCAGGCUAUCUGGACAAUCUUCUUGUAAAAUUUAUGGAAAAUCUGUUGAUUUUCUGGAAUCAAGAUCAUAUUUGGAAGAGCAGCGAUCUGUUUCAGAUUACAUGGGUUGUUCUUCAUUUGGGUUUGAAAGUAGACAAAGAUUAUCGCCUGAAACAGGAAAAGAGAGCAUUUUCUCAGCAAAUCCUGUAAAUUCCUCUGAUUGUACUUUUCAACCACCGAGCAAUGUAAAUCCUCGGGCUGAGUAUAAUAUUAACAGGGCAGCUCUUCGUAAAGGAGGUCAAACUCGGUGGCAAUUGACAAGCCAACAGUAUAAGAGACAAGAGGCUUCACCUUCAUCUGUCUGCUAUGAUCAAAACAUUUAUGUCCAGGAUCAGGGGAUUCUAAGGAUGGAUAGAAUUCCGCCAAGGUCCACAUAUUCAGUUGACUUGAGGAAAGAACCCUUAAAUCAAAGACCACCUGUCCGCAGCUCUAGAAUGCAUGGUAAAUUAGACAAAUGCGGAUAUGUCUCAGAGAGAAGAUCAACUGAUAGGCGAUAUGAUCCAUUAUCCUCUGCAAGGAAGCGAAGAUCUGUAAAUGUUGCUAGAGAAGGUAAUGUUUCUGGCUUUGCUGGUUCCCCAGUCGAUAAAGAAAGAUAUAUCAAUUCCAAUGCAUCAAGUCAAGCAUUUGUAAGAGGGGAUGAUAAAUCCACAAACCUUCCUUGCAUUGAUAGCAAUUUGGCUCGUCCAGGAGAAAUUAUCAGAAUCAGUGACACCAGCAAUGGUGAUGUUUCCUUCACAUUUAGUUCCUCAAAGAAGAAUAAGGAGAGAAUACUAGCAAAACCAGAUGAUAGGGAAUAUCAAAGUGAAUGUACAUGUACCCACAGCUCACAGAGAAGUUCAGCAUUUGAUACAAUCAACAGAAAGAGGCAAACUUGCUUUCAGAAAUUGCCUUCUCCAGGGGAUACUUUAAGUGUCCUUCUAGAACAAAAGCUGAAAGAGCUAACUAGUGAAGAGGAGAAUGCGAUGCCACUAGAAGGUUCCCCACUUAAGCGAACAUCUGCCAUUAUUCUUCAAGAGCUAAUAUCUGCCUUAACGGUAGAGAGGUCUUUCGAUGCAAAUGAUGUGGUUGCCAGGCCAACUGAGAUAGGCGAUUCAUCUUGUUGUGAGCAUACCUCGGGUUCACAUCCAUCCUUCCAGGCCAAACAGAAAGUAACAGAAGCUCAAGAAAGGUAUUCAAAUGAUAGCAAAAACAAUAAUAUGAGCCCAUUAUCUGUUCUUGAAGCUUCCAUUUCAAAUGAGAGCUGCUUAUCGAGCAGUAUUGAUGGUGGUUCAGAUUUUUCCUACAACGAAGCACAACAAUUGGAGCCUGGUGUUGAUGGAUUGCAUGGCGUAAACUCAUUAAGCAAAGAAAGGCGUAGUAUAGAGCUCGUGGCUGAUUUUCUCAACAGUAUCUCUGAUGUUGUCUGUAGUAUGGACCUUGUUGAUUCUAGACUAAAAGGAAGCAAGCUAGCCCAUGCAGAGGAAGUCAUACUAAAUGCCGAGUUAGUAUUUGGGAAUACUUUCCAACAUAAUCCAGCUGAGAUUAAAGGUUUCUCAGUAUGCUGGUUUCUUGUUAAUGAACUUGAAACUCUUGGUAGUGUUUUAUGGACGAACUUUGGAUGCUUUUCUGAAUCUCAGGACACUGAGGGAAAUCUACUUAAAGGAUUCCUGUUUGAUUGUGUCAUUGAGUACUUGGAUACAAAAUAUGUUCCGAGCAUGAAAGGUGGAAUAAAAUCUUGGAGAGGCCUGCCAUUAUCCAUGAAUAAUGAAAUGCUGAUUGCAGAGGUGGUUGAAGAAAUCAGAAGCUGGACGAGUUGCACUAGUUUUGUUCUGGAUGAGGUAAUGGACAGGGAAAUGGGCAAAUGGACUGAUUUUGACAUAGAAGCUUUUGAAACUAGUGUUGCAGUUGACGAGGGAAUACUACAUUCUUUACUAGAUGAAAUUGUGAUCGACCUUUGUCAUAGAGAUCAAAGUUUGUAUGUAUAGAUGGAGCGGUGUCCUGGCUAUUUGUAACUUGUCAAAGCCAUGCAGAUGCAAUUUCUUCGCAACUUAACAUGUCCAGGUACAGUCUUAGUGUCGCGCAGCUGCACUAGUUCCCUUCUGGUUCCUAAAAGAGGUGCCAAGUAUAUCUGUAAAGUUUAAGAAUGUUAUCUAUUGACUCAAGCUACUAUUGUGAAUCAACUUCUAUUGUACCCACCCUUUGCUAAUCGAAGAACAAAUAU